ACAACGUUCAAGUCCAUCAUGAGCCGUCAUUUGGCUGGAUCACCAGUCGCACAGGUGCCAUUCUGCAAUGACUGUUUAAAUCGCUGGUGCUGCGAGAAGCUCCUGUUUUGAAGAAGGUCGCGACGAGAGACAUUGUCAUGCUUAGCAGUCAGGCUGAAGUUGAGACAUAUCGUCGCGGCCAGUUUAUUUUACGAGCUGGAUCGUCUAUGGAUAGGGAAGGACAGGUUAGAAUAAGUUGGGGUGCAGCUGGAGGUUCAUCUCGUAAUUCUCGUGGUGAAACUGUUGCUGUUAUGAAGCGGUUGGAAAUACUUGGUGAGGCACUUAUUCUCAACGACGAGACGGUCAUCUCGUGGAAUUUCAUUGCUUCCUCUGACCAUACAUCUGUCAUUGUUAUUGAACGGAGUUUAUUCACUGAGGCACUUCUUAAUGAUAUUAGGAAGGACCUCCAAGUGCAGCUUGUUGCGCUUGGUUUACAGAGAUUGCCUUCAUUUCUGGAGCUAAGUUCUGAACAACUUUACAGUCUAGCCCGUCACUUUGACGAUACCGCUCACGUCGCAGGCGAAGAGAUUACAAAAUGUGGUGACGUUUUGGGGCCUGAAGCUAGAAUUUACGUGGUUCAGAACGGGACUAUAUGUCUUUCCAAGUCUGCUGACGACGAAAUGGUGAUGACACCGCGUGGCAGCCAUAUUUCCUACACCUCUAGACAAAACGUGAGGGAACCAAGGGACUCUGGUAUUGGCUUUUGGGGUAGCAGGCUUGGUUCACUACUUAAGUCCGGCAGUACACCUCAAUCUCCACGAAAUAGCAACGUUGUCGCGGGUGCACUGACUACCCAGGACUUGCUCAGUCUUUCACAGGGCCUUGGUGGAUCGACUAAAGUUAGAAAAGGUGGAAGUCCUCGUCAGAGUAUUGGUUGUAGCUCUCCUUGGACUCUCACGACCUAUGGUGUUUUUGGAGAUGAAUGCCUUUUAACUCGUGCAAGCGCAAAAGAUGAAAGCUACUGGCCACCUUGCAAAACAACAUCUGUGGUGGAAUCUUCCAGGGCAAUAUGUUUAUCCGUGACUAUUGCGAAGCUGACUUCAAUUCUUGGCCCUAUUCAAGAGUUACUCACCCGGUUGACAAAUACCAAAGUACUCGGGUAA